GCCACUCAGGAAGAUUCUCAGAUCGCUUUCUCGACAUCCACCUCGCUGCAGUUUAACGGGAAAAAUACGGACUUAAUGAACAUAAUAACGACAAAUUCCCCCCGCGGGACCACCUGACAGAGUCUCGAAGCAGUGUUGAUGCAAUAUUAGUGCAAUUAGUAUGUUUAAUCAUCAUCGGCCCAUUGCUAAUGGCUGAUCAGCUGCAGAGUCUCCUGUAACAGGCUAACCCCUCUUAAGACAACAACUGUCCACGGGAGAACAAGUGAGGCGGCACUAAUACUCCGCAGGUGUCCGAUUACGCGUCAGCGUGGUCUGUCCGAGCUCCUCCGGCCCGACACAACAGAUAUCCGUUUAAUUAAACAUGACCCGAGGGGAAUCACCAUGCACCGCUGACUUCUCUGCAGACAGGCCGGCAGCCUCUCAGCUGAAGCAGCAUGGGCUCCAAGGAGAUGGAUUCAGAGGCUGCAAAGGAAACUAGUGGAUUACACUUAUUUCACCUAUAAAGGAAAUGUCCACAGUUCAAUCAAGGAGCCCUACUUUUUGCACCUGUUUUGAAAUGCAUGUAUAUUUUUUCUAUUCCAUUGAAUUGAGUUCAUGUUGGACUUUUUCUACGUCACAGUUUUGAUUUGGGAUCUUUUUUAUGCUUUAUCAAUGGCCUGGAACUGUUUUUAAUGUGAAUCGCAGAUGUUACCUGGACCAUUUAAGGUGCCUGUUACAGUGGAGAACAACUGUAGUAUGAUAUCAGUCACUUUGGACCAGCAAAAGCGGAAAAAAUCCAGUUCCCCACGUCAAUUGUUCCUCACCUCAAUUCGCUAACUCCCGCGCUGCACCAAUUCCAUCCUGACUGUGGACCACAGGUAUCCUCCUGCCUGGAUGACUAAUGGAGGAAUUGCCAGACACGUAGCAUGGCUAGCUCCUCUCACCCCUCUGGAUCUAGGGAGAUGACGAAGGGAGGGGGGCGCCCCCACUUAAACCACGGCGGCCAUGCCGGGGGUUCCCAAAGCACUGCGCGCUACUUGCUGAAGAAACAGCACCGCCACAGAAGCAGGUCCUCUUCGCCGAUGGGCAGAGUCAUUCUCAUCAAUGCACCGGUUGAUGGAGGGGAUGAAAGUGAAGACAUUCACGCAGUGACAGUCGACAAGAGUCCAGAUGGGCGUCUGGGUUUCAGUGUCCGCGGGGGCUCUGAACAUGGACUCGGCAUAUUUGUCAGCAAGGUGGAGGAUGACAGCUCUGCAGCGCUCGCCGGGCUCUCCGUGGGCGAUAAGCUGGUGGAGGUGAACGGGGUCAGCCUAGAGAGCAUCACCAUGAGCAGCGCUGUGAAGGUCCUGACAGGCAACAAUAGGCUGCGGAUGGUGGUGAGACGGGUGGGCAAGAUCCCCGGCAUCCGCUACUCCAAGGAGAAGACCACAUGGGUGGACCUGAUUCACCGGCGGAUGGUGGUGGAGGAGAGCGGGCGAACACCGUCAGAGGCCAGUUCAGACAGCGCUCUCCGCAGGAUCGUACAUCUCUUCACCACCUCAGAUGACUACUGUUUGGGCUUCAACAUUAGAGGAGGCAAAGAGUUUGGACUGGGAAUUUAUGUUUCUAAAUUAGACCCGGGCGGACUUGCAGAGCAGCACGGCAUCAAGAUGGGCGAUCAAAUCAUGGCAGCCAAUGGGGUCAGCUUUGAUGACAUCACCCAUAGCAAUGCAGUCGAGGUCCUGAAAAGCCACACUCACGUCAUGUUGACCAUCAGGGAAGCUGGCAGAUACCCUGCGUACAAAGAGAUGGUGGCAGAAUAUGGCUGGCUCGACAGUUUGGCCAAUGGGGGCCCUGCGCCAUCCUCCCAAGGUUCCGACUCAAACUCCUCUGCUUCCUCGCUGUCCUCCAGCACCCCUCUCAGCUCCCUCAGUGGUCUCUCCCAGGUUCUUUUCCCACAAGUCUUUGGGUCCGAGUUGGUCGACGUCGCCAUCGCCACGGAGGGACGAUGCAGGCGGCAAAGCAGCGCAGAGCCAACCGCUGACACCGCCAUACAGACCGACCCCUUCCCUCCAGACCACCCAGAUCACCCCUCAACUAACGGCUCGUACCGCGCCGUGGGCGCCACUCUGCUACUGAAGGACACCGUCAUACGAGGGAAAGGGGAAGGCCCGAGGGAGACGGGAGGACGAGGAGAAGGAGGGCACCAAGAGGAGGUGAAACACUCGGCUAAGACGGCGGCACUGAUGGCCCUGAGCAGACCACGGAAGCCGAUCAGACGUUCCCAGAGCCACAUCACGGUGUCAGAGGACAGGCAAAAAAAGAAGAGACAACAGAAGGAGAAGAGCUCCGGAGAGGGUAAAACCAGCCUGCAGCGAUCGAAAACCUUUGUCAACCUGUUCUUCAAGAAAGACCGUAAAGAUAAAAGCCGCUCCAAGUCACCAUCUCGCCAUCCCCACAAGGAUAAGGAGCGCGGCCGUCCUUUCCAGCUCUUGACCUCCCCGAGGGAAUCCCGCGCCGGAGUCAAAGACAGCCGCCCGCCGCCCCGAGCAGAGACACUGCAGCACGUGGAAGACAUGGCGAAGAAACUGCUCAGCCAGGAUGAGGUGGCGGCUGUGAUGAGACACUGUCGGCGGUUUUUGUCCGACGUUGUGAUUGAGGAUUUGGUGCGUCCCAUUCUGGCAAUCUUGGACAAGCCAGAGAAACUGCUACUUCUCAGAGAAAUAAGGAUGCUGAUACCCACUACUGAGCUGGGUCAAUUUGACAGCAUGGUCAUGCCCUUUGAGCUAGAGGCGUACAACAUCCUCAAAAGUCGCUCUGUUCGUUCUCCAGCUCUUCGCUCCCCUCGCAGAGGGACCCCUCGACGUCACCUCAUCACCCCGAUUCCAGACUACAGGGGCGGGUUCCACCUCCAACCGGUCCAGGACAAACUGCUGGAGUUUCAGCUGAUGGAGGAGCUGGAGAGAUUACGUGUGUCCGGGCAGCAGUCGGGCCAUCUGGCCCCGUCGCGUGCCUUCACGCCUCUGCUGGACGUGCCCGUGGACAUCCACGCCUCUGCCUCUGCGCGCCCCCGCUCCCUGAGCCCCUUACCGACCCACGGCUUCCACCUCGGCGGAUCCCCUCACAUCUCUCAACGCACGCGCCAAACCCGCGGCUCCUCGGGCCGGAGAGACGACGGGGCGCAGCGGCGUGACGAGACGUCCUUGUUGUCGGCGUCCGACCGAGGAGAUGCAGCGCCCGAACGGGGGAGGUCGCCUGAGAGGAACGGGCACGGGAUAGCGAGGAGGGGGUUGAGCCCUGACAGCGUACGCGGCGGACGCCGCCGGCCGGAGGGCUACACGGAGGUCAGCGUGCGCGUGCCUUCACAGCGGCGAGGGAGAAACCCUCCGGAUGAUCUGUUGGAGGCACCGAGAGACCGGAGUCCAUCUACAGGCGGAGAGAGCAGUCAGCGGCUGGAUGGACAUUCACAACAUGGUGCUGAGAGAGGAGCAACUCCGCCAUCUGCAAAGUAUGAAAUCAACACUUUGAGCAUCUCUAAGGCCAAGCAGUCCCUGGGUAUUAGUGUGUCUGGAGGUACGGAGUCUAGAGUGCAGCCCAUGAUAAAGAUUGAGAAAAUCUUCCCAGGUGGAGCUGCAUCUAUGAAUGAGGCUCUCAAGGCAGGGGAUGAGCUGUUGUCGGUGGACGGCGAGAGCCUGCAAGGAGUGACUCAUCAGCACGCGGUGGACGCCAUUCGCAGAGCGUUCAGCAACAAGGCCAAAGACCCGAUGGUUUUUGUAGUUAAGGUCUCCGAGGUCCCUACCACCACGCGCCCCAGGAGACCUGCAGACUAACCUCACGUGUGCCUCACAGUCAGAUUGCAGUUCAGGCGUGAAGGACACAAAAACCUGCAACUGCUGCGGGACUGAAUGACCUCUGGGGUCGACUCCAAAAGAGAGGAUAUAGAAGGAAAAGAUGCACAAAUACCCUAUGAAACGUUAUGACAGUUUAUUUAUACAGAUUAACAUUACUGAUCACUUUUGCUACUUUUUUGCCUUGUUUUUACUAAAUGCAUAUAUUGCACAUUAACCGGAUCUCAUAUGUUUGACGGUAAUAUAACGUGGUUCAUGAACUCCUCUUGGGUUAAAGUUGUGCCACUGACACCAGGCGACCUCGCAUGACCUCUGCUGAUUGUGGAGACCGAGUUCUGCCCUUUUCAGUUUGAGCAUCUCAGUCCUGCAGCCCUGCAGGCCUGCCAGAGGGAGAUUAUCUCAGCCUGUGUUAUGAGAUUUAGAGAUUUAUACCCAGAUUAAAACCCUGUAUUAUGUCAAAAACUGAUAGUUUGGGUUCAGUGGAUGUCUGGGGGGAUUAUUACAAAUUGCUGCUCAGUAUUUUGUGCUGCAUGAUUCUGGCAGAAGUGCUCGUGCUCUGGAGCAAUCCGCCACUUUAGAGGCUUAAUUACACCAUGCUGUGGCCUGAGCUUAUGCAGGCAUGUGGAGGAGUUGGAAAAACAUCUCAAUGAGAAAUGCAGGACACGAAGGCCAGUGGCACAGUUUAAAUCAAAGUAGGGUAGAGGAGAUAUGUGCUGCUAGUUAACUGGAAUCAGUGUGCAUAGUGCCUUACUUCUGCAGAUGGCCAGUGGGAGAAAAGAAAAUGAAUAAAUGAAAGACAGCCAAGGAAAGUCAAGGUGAAAUGUUUCAACUCAGACAGGCAAUUCAAUUUAAAAAUAAUAUUGAGAGUGUCUAUGCCUUUGAGUUACAACUAACUUUGAUGAACACUCACACGAUUUGUUUUGGCAAAAAAAAGAGUACAUUUAAGGUGUGACAACG